GUCGAUGCUUUGGUUCGUUUUUGUUGACUUUGCUGAAGUCGGCUGGUAACUCGAGCAAUAUUGCAUCACUCUUGCCUGCUCCAGCUGACACGUCUUGACUGCCUAUUCUCUUCUUGGGCGGAAAACUCAACACAACACAGCAGCUCACUCUGUCCACAGUUCACUAUACACAUGUAAUUUAACGCACUUUGAUCAAACACAAGCGGUUAACUGAACCGCUGAUUGUCAUCCAGAUGUAUUCAGAUGUUAGCUGAGCUCUGGCCUGCAGAUCCAGUUGAUCAAGCUCGAGAAGCUGCUGUUAGCACUGGUGCAAAAAUUCUCGCUCUCGAGUACAAAUCUGGCGUACAUGUACUUGGGUGUUUUCUUUUCAUGCCACUUCAUACUUCGUACUCCGCUUCUUUCCCUAUUAAUUGUCUUUCUAUUCCAUAACAAUCAUUAGAUGCAACCCUUGGUAAAUUAGGAAUGCCUGUUAUUACACAUACUGUUUCCAACCUAAUGACCCAGUUUCUCCACAGGGAACAGGUUCAUUCUGCCUGUCAGUCCCAGCCUUUACUGACAUUAUGUUACUGAUUUGUCAUGGUGUUUAGGGCCACUUUGACUUUUGGCUCACGUUCAAUGUUCCUCACAAGGUUUUGCAGGCCUUUACCCUACUUUUCUGGAACAAUCCAGUUCCAGCCAGGCUGGGCCUUCAGAGAGCACUGAUAUACUCCUCUCCAUGCAGAUUAAACCACACAGGAUAGAUUUCCAUUGUGAGGUUUCGCCUGCAGCUGCUGAGUUAACAGAGGCCAACGCGGACCUGUAACUUUUUAAUGCAUUAAGUUUUUCUUAUGAUUACCGGUAAUAUUUUUUUAAAGCAACAACAAUGUCUUUGAGCUCAUUCGAUAUCGAUGCACCGCGAUGGGAUCAGUCGACGUUUAUGGGUCGACUGAAACACUUUUUCAACAUCACCGAUUGUCGAACAGCGCUUUUACCUGACUCGCGCUUGGAUGAGGCCAAAGCUUUGGUAGACAGCUGCAGGGCAGGAUCCAUCCCACCCGGCACUACAGAGGAGCAGCUCUACUAUGCUAAGAAGCUGUACGACUCGGCCUUCCACCCGGACACAGGAGACCGCAUGAACCUCAUCGGCCGCAUGUCCUUCCAGGUCCCUGGAGGCAUGGCCAUCACCGGCUUCAUGUUGCAGUUCUACAGGACAGUUCCUGCUGUGGUCUUCUGGCAGUGGGUGAAUCAGUCCUUCAACGCUCUGGUCAACUACACAAACCGUAACGCUGCAUCCCCAAUCACUCCCAAACAGAUUGGAGUGGCCUACGUCACCGCAACCAGCACAGCUUUAGCGACAGCAGUCGGACUCAACCUCUACACAAAGAAAGCUCCUCCUCUUGUGGCUCGCUGGGUCCCUUUUGCAGCGGUGGCAGCAGCCAACUGCGUUAACAUUCCUAUGAUGAGACAACAGGAAAUUCUGAACGGCAUCGCUGUCACAGAUGAAAAUGGGAACAAGCUGGGCCACUCUACGAAAGCAGCAGUAAAAGGCAUCACACAGGUGGUCAUCUCUCGGAUCACCAUGGCCGCACCAGGAAUGAUCGUCCUCCCUAUCAUCAUGCAGAGGCUGGAAAAGUACAAGUUCAUGCAGAGAAUCACGUAUCUUCACGGACCAAUUCAAGUGAUGAUGGUGGGCGUGUUUUUGAUCUUCAUGGUGCCGGCCGCCUGCUCCCUGUUCCCUCAGAGAUGCUCUAUGGCCGUGUCCAAGCUGGAGCCAGAGCUGAGAGACUCCAUCAUGUCUCAAUAUGGAGACAGCGUACAACGUGUCUACUUCAACAAAGGCCUCUGAGGCUGAGAGGGCUGAUUAGCGUUAGCUGUUCGACACACAAGACCGGAUACAUAUGUGUUUAUGUAAUUUGUCUUCAUUUUCUAAUUAUUAGUCAUGAUGAAAUGCUUGUUAGAUUCGUCAUCCUCAAAUCGGUGCUUAUCGGUGGGAACUCACCGAGGGAUUUUUGAUCAGUCAUGUCAUGUCAUUUUUUUUUUUUUUUUUUUUUUUUUCUUAGUCUGAUUCUGCUUCGCUUUCUCUAGGGUCAAAUGAUUUCUGUUUUCCUGCUUCUUUUGAGAAACCAAAUGACCUCCUCUCAGGAACAGCGCAUUGCUUUGCCAGAUUAAAUCUCUGUUAGUUUCAUGAUGCGACUCGUCUGUAGUUUCUUUUGUCUGUUCAGUGUCUCGAUGUUGGAAAAUGCUUCUUUCUGCCAAGCCUCUGUACAAUCUGUGCCUUUUACAAAGUGGCAGGAGAAACAACGCUGCUGUGUUUUCUUUCUUUCUUUCUUUCUUUCUCUCUCUUUUUUUUUUUUUUUUAACCCAUAUAGGCUUUACUGUGAAACCAGGAAAAUACUC